AUGGCGGCCGGGGGAGGCGGGGAGCAGGGCUCGGCCGUGCUGGAGCUGCCUCGCGGCCCGCGGCUGGUGUGCGUGGAGUACCCGGGCCUGGUGCGCGACGUGGGCAAGAUGCUGCAGACUCUGGGAGGAGAAGAGGGGGUGUCCCGGAUAUAUGCUGACCCUGGAAAAAGGCUCGAGUUGUACUUCCGCCCCAAGGAUCCCUACUGCCAUCCUGUGUGUGCCAACCGCUUCCCUACCUCUUCCAUGCUGUUCAAGGUAAAGAGGAAGAUCAGGAGGAAGCAGCUGGAAGCUGAAGGAGAAACCCAACAGGAAGUCAAGUUUGAAAUGGAAGUUCUUGGGGUUGUCUCCACUGUUUACAAAUUUCAAGGAAUGUCUGAUUUCCAGUACCUGGCAAUGCAUUCUGGACCUGAAAGCAAACAGAUCUCUAUGUAUGACAAGAUCUUGAUGCUCAAACCAGAAAAGGAGGAAUUCUUCAAUAGGGAAUUACCCCUCUACAUCCCCCCACCUAUUUUUUCACGUCUGGAUACCCCUAUAGACUAUUUCUAUCGGCCAGAUGUACAACACCGGGACGGCUACAACAAUCCCCAGGUGUCUUGUGAGAACCUGAUCGGCCUCAGCAGGGCCCGUCGACCACACAAUGCCAUCUUUGUGAACUUCGAUGAUGAUGACAUCCCGACUAAGCCGCUAGAGCCUGCAGUGCAGACCUGGAAGAAAGUGUGCACCAAUCCUGUGGAUAAAAAAGUGGAGGAAGAGCUGAGAAAGCUGUUUGAGAUUCGUCCCGUCUGGUCUCGGAAUGCUGUAAAGGCCAAUAUCAGUGUCCAUCCGGACAAGCUUAAACUUCUGCUACCGUAUUUGGCCUAUUAUAUGCUCACAGGUCCCUGGAGAAGCCUGUGGGUUCGAUAUGGGUAUGACCCCAGGAAACAUCCCGAAGCAAAGAUUUAUCAAGUCCUGGACUUCAGAAUUCGCUGUGGAAUGAAAUAUGGUUACGCCCCUAGCGACAUGCCCGUGAAAGCAAAACGCAGCACAUACAAUUACAGUCUGCCCAUCACUAUCAAAAAACCAGUAAGUCACACAGUCAGUGUACAGGACCUAAAACAUGGGCUGGACACAUCGAGUACAUCCAGGGCAAAAAAACCUGCUUCCAGCAGGUACAAACUUAAAGACUCCAUCUAUAUCUUCCAGGAAGGAGAUCUGCCUCCAUAUCGACAGAUGUUCUAUCAGCUCUGUGACUUGAACGUGGACAGCUUACAGAAAAUCAUCCAUCGGAAUGAUGGCAUGGAGACAGAAUGCACAGAACGGGAUGGGUGGUGCCUUCAAAAGACCAGUGAUGAUCUGAGGGAUACCAUGUCUCUGAUGAUAAAGCAGAUCAUCAGAUCCACAAGACCCGCUCUGUUUUCGAGUACGUCGAACGCUGAAGAUGGCAAAGAACAGCUGACAUACGACUCUGGAGAGGAGGAGGAGGAGGAUGAAGAGGAGGACUUCAAGCCUUCUGAUGGGAGCGAGAAUGAAAUGGAAACAGAGAUCCUGGACUAUGUGUAACACAGUGAGCGAGCAGGAUGAGGCUGCAUGGGACUUUUGUUCCUUGAGCCCUGGGGGAUAUGGAAUCAUGACCAGGCUUUCGGGAAGAUGCUAACCAGACACAUGGCACUGGAUAUGGUGCUAGCAGUUGUGCUAAGUGCUCUGAAGGUGCAGGCGCUAAAGAUCACGUUUUCACAGUGUUGGUGUGACAGGCAUUUGUAAAGAUGCCAUUGUGGGGAUGCUGGCCCAUUGCCAAUCCCAGGCAACAUGCAUGGCCGGCAUUUACUGUGGCCGUUUUUCUGGUCAGAGUGGAGCUAGAUGGGAUUUCACUUGCUUUAGUUCUUUUGGCCAUUAGAUUGUUGUGUUUAAUUUCCCUUCCCGCCCUGAGCUUACAAACUGCAACAUCUGAUCCCAUCAUCAAAGGGAUCUGUACUUCCCUUUGAGACAAUAUAGGUGUUCCUACGACCGCCACUGUGAGGGAAUGUUAGUGUACUGUCUCCUCUUACCAGAAAUUGAGAGUCUCUUCAUCCUUGCUAGCUCAGAUAUGUCAGAGACUUCAACAAGUGCUGAAUCCAACCCAGAUCACAGGUGUUCCACUGGCCUCUUGAGCCCAAAGUGUUAAUCUUUAAUUAGAACCAUUCAGGGAAUGUGUGGAGGUCACACAAUUCUAAACCUGGCGUCUGGGUCAGUGGGAAAAACUUCAAACAAAAUUAAUUCUGUAUUGAGAACUGCACGAACAAGGUCAUUGCUGAUUCUUAAUUGAGAGGCUCUGUAGAGUGUCAUUCUGGCUGGCUUAAAUCAAAUGUGGAGUCUAUCCAAUGGGACAUGUGCAGGUAUCUGUAAUAAUUUUGUAUAUGCAUGAGAAGCAAACAGUUUUUCUCGGGGAAAGUCCAGCUCCCCAUGAAACAUAACGCCCUUGUCUAUUUUUCUAAUAAAACUCUUCCUUUUUCCAGUAACACAUUCUUUCAUGGAUUUCUGUGUAGAUAUACAUAGUACAGCCAAUA